CACCAAAAUAGGGCCGGCUAAACAUCAUUUCAGAUCUUCUCAAUACUCCAAAUACACCACAUAGAGGGGAUUUACGAAGCCAAUACACGUCAUAGCAAUAGGAAAUGAACCCCCUGCGGUAUCUGGCCCCUCCCUGCCCCUUUGGGGACAUCUCAAACUCCACCCCGGAGGAGAUCGAGGGUAGAGAGUUAUUUGCGAGUUGUCUCUUAAAUAAUUCACACAUGAGCAUGUCAGAUUCAGACAGAGAUGCCAUCCGCGCAUACAGAGAUGCAUGCCGCCGUCUUGAUAUCGGGGACAGCCAGACGCGCGAAAGCGACAUGCAAGCCGUUAGAGAAUACGAGCAAUCGCUACAAACCAACGGACCAGCGAAUCUUUGUUUUGACCUGGCUACCAGGACCAAGAUGGGCGAAGAGCUCGAUAACCUCCAUGAUAUGUGGAACUAUGUCCGUUAUGAGAAGUACCUCCCCGCCACGGUCAAGGAAGAUGCGGAAAAGCAUCCCUCGUCUAAAGUCUCGGACCCCUGGCACAAGGCCUUCUGGAAGCCGUUCUAUGGACGGCUCGAAGCCGAGGCAGAUGCGUGGGCUCAAGUCAUGUCGGGCAAAAACAACCUUAACGAAUGUCCGACAUACCUUCUGCUGGCCCUGUUGUGUGAACAGCAAACCAUGGACUGGGAUGAGACGAUCGCGCUGAUCAGAUACUGCGCCGUCGAGGGUGUCGAACUCCCGAAAGCGGAUUUUGUGGAUUACUUGAAGGCCAAAGAUGUUACUGGUCUCGCGAAGAGGCUGGACCUCGAUGAAAACACCAUCGCCUUGUCUACGGAGUAUGUCAUGGGCGUCGGCACGAUGCUCCUCGCCUACUUCAGGAUGCAUCUCCCCGAGGCGCUGUAUGAGUGUGAUCUUGAACCGGAAAGAUGGGUCCCUAAGAAGCGAUUGCAUGAUUUGAUGGCGCUUCAGGACGGAUACGAGCAAGCAGUCCAGGAGUUAAUCCGGGAGAUUUUCUAUGAGAUGGUCCUCGGUGGAUCUGACGAUGAUGACGAGGAGGGUUGGGACGAUGAUGAUGAUGAUGAUACGGAUGAGGAUGAUAUCAUGGAUGAGGCUGACUGAUGGUGAUGUUGACGUUUCUGCCUUGAUGUCCUCUCUGCGUGGUUUAUUGUCCUAAUGGUUACAACGACAACCUACAAGGGCAAUAGUGAGGCUGCGGAAUAUCAAUGGGAUCUGUCAGACUCGGGAUGAUUAUGGACGGUUCAUUUCUUUCAAAAAUUUUCCUUAUUUUUUCAUGAUUCCAUGUCUUCUAAGACCAUACGCGGGAUGAAACCAUGUCUGAUACCCUCUGUUUAGAAAAAAGUAUUCAGUUGCGCAGUCCCAAAACACCAAUAUUCUAUGUGAUACUUC